AUGGUGGUCAUCACACGUAGCCAAGGUCACAAAAUUGUUGAACAGAUGGCGCUUCGGAGAGCUGUCCAGUCUGUCAUCUUUGUAAUACAUGCAGAUUUCCUUGAUUCCUUUCUCGAUGCGGCGUUAUAUAACAACAACCUCGCCACAUCCGUACAGUCACUUCACAUUAUCUUCCAUCGCACCUUCCCCCCUAUCCCAAAGCUGCGCCAAUGUCUACUUGCAAUCAGAAAUGUGGUAGACUUGGAGCUGCAGCUUCCUCGUGCCUCAGCCGCUAAUUGGGUCCGCUUACUACAAGGGAUCCGUCUACCCAGACUUGAACUUUUACAUACAGACUGUCCGCCUUUCAGCCUCGCUCAAUUUCUUAAUGAGCACGCUGCCAUCACGCACUUGAACAUGUCAGGUCGAAACUAUCGAGGACACGAUUAUUACGAACUAGCAAAUACCCGUUUGUCCUUCUUGUCUGAAAUUGAGGGUCCCUCCUCCUGCGUAACGUCUCUGGUGCGGGAUAGUCCCACUAGUCGAGUAGCAGCACACUGCGUCAAUAAUGCAGACUUCGCGCUGCCUUUGAUUUGUCUACUGUCAUCAUUAUCCACUUCAACCACGGCUUUAACAGUUCUCCAGUUGGAUUUUGAUCCGACUGAUUACGACCUUCUUCGGCGCAUAGCAAAUGCCGCUCCAUUCGUUACAACCCUGAAACUGGUGGAGAGAAGUCGAAGUGUAUCUGUAAGGACCUUUCUUCUAGCUACAAUAACCAAUAAGGCUCAUAAAUUAGCACCUGCAGGCCCGAAUGCCUCGUCUGCGCCGAGCUUGGAACUUUUACCACCAAUGGGCGCAGGACCUCGCACAACUGAAGUGAUUGCAUCGAUUUGCGCUUAA